AAUACAACACUUUUUACAUUAUUCAUGAUUUUAGAAUGAAUUGCACAGCGCAAGAGGAUGCCCUCUUCGGUCCGGCCGUGGGCAUCGCUUGUCGCGGUGGCUUCGACUUCACCCUUUUAUUUGAACAAUCUAUUUUAACUAUUCCUCUAUCGGGGAUAUGUUCGCUCGCACUUUUAGCUCGACUCGGAUACUUGUCUAAGAGGGAGCCUGUUGCUUCUGGAGGCAUAAUUCGACUGAUAAAAUUGGUCGUUGCCGCGAUCUUCCUCGGAAUCCAGGCGUAUUUGGUCGCACUCUGGGAUUCUGACGACGAUCUAAAAACGGGCGUCUCUAUCGCUGCGUCCUCUAUUAACCUAGUUGUCGCUUUUUUGGUGUUAGUGCUAUUGUGGCUUGAAGAUUCGCGGUCUGUACGACCAUCAAGCGUGCUGAGUGCCUAUCUUUUUUUCUCAGCAUUGCUAGAUCUUCCUCAGGUCAGGACAUUAUGGCUGAAAGGAUCAAACACGACACUGGCAAGUUUAUUCUCUGCGGGUCUUACGGCGAAAGUGGUGCUUCUAUUCCUUGAAGCACAAAACAAGAGAAAUCGGUUGAAAUGGACUUUACAAGAUUUACCGCCUGAGUCUACGAGCGGAAUUAUUAAUCGCAGUUUUCUUUGGUGGGUGAACUCGAUUUUCCGCAGCGGUUUCAGCGCUGUACUUGCAGUUGAGGAUCUUUACGACAUUGAUGAGCCACUCACCUCAAAGAUUCUAUUUGACGCAAUUAGCGCAUCAUGGGCUUCGCGAAAAAUCCCGGAGCGACGCCUUGAGUACCCUUUAGCCGUGAUCCGCGCGUUCUGGGUUCCUCUCUUACUCACAGCCAUCCCACGUCUUUUCCUCAUAGGUUUUACUUUCUCUCAGCCCUUCCUCAUCUCGCGCACUUUGGAACUUCUCAGUGGGCCCGAUAGCGAAGCCUCUCGCCAGCAAGGUUACGGCCUCAUUGGUGCUGCUGCACUUGUAUACCUUGGCCUUGCGUUUCUGACGUUACACUAUAACCAUAACUUGAACCGCUUUGUUACGAUGUUCCGAGGUGCAACAGAUGCCCUCAUUUACGAAAGAGUAUUGCAUGUUCAAUCUAGGACCUAUGAUGAGACGGCAGCAGUGACACUCAUGAGCACAGAUGUGGACCGCGUCGUCUUCUCACUUGAGAGUUUGAAUGAGGUUUGGGCACGAGUGAUUGAGGUGGCUGUGGGAAUAACACUCCUUGCGCUUCAGCUGGGGUGGGUCUGCAUUGUGCCUAUCAUUGUCGUGGUCGUUUCGAGUUUUGGAGCAAAACAGAUCUCUAAAAAUAUCGGGGGGCGACAAAAGGUGUGGGUGGACGCCGUGCAGAAGAGGAUCUCUGUUACCACGAGCGUAUUGUCUGAGAUCAAGGCAAUCAAAAUGAUGGGUCUAAGCGACGUACUGACGAAAAAGCUUCAAGAGCACAGAGUCGACGAAACGCAUCGAAUGGCCGGAUUUCGAUGGAGCAUAGUAUACCAGAAUGUGGUGCAAAACUUUCCCGAUGCGAUAGCACCGGCGUUGACGUUCGCGGUUUACACAGGCCAAGCCAUCGCACAAGGGUCGGAUUCGAUAGGCACAACUAAGGCUUUCACAAGUCUAGCUAUCAUCACUCUUCUGACCGGACCUGUUUCAAAACUUCUAAGUGCGAUUCCUAAUACGUCCGCAAGUUUAGGGUGCUACGAUCGGAUUCAAAAGUUUCUUGUUGCGCCCCCGAGAAAAGAUUAUCGACUAAUCUAUGGAUCCAAGGACGAUCAAUCCAUGCAAAGUGAUCAACUCCCAUCUUUCAGCGACGAUGCAGAUUCCAGUACAGUUAACACUAUCGAUGAAGAGAUCGCGUUAAGAGUCGAUAACAUUUCUCUGCGACCAACUCCAGACUCUGAUGUCAUCCUUGAAAAAGUUAGUUUUGGGAUAAAGAAGGGAUCAUUUACUAUGAUUCUUGGUCCUGUUGGCGUUGGAAAAAGCACCCUUCUCGCAUCUCUCCUUGGCGAAGUUCCUCCUGAGCAUGGAUCGAUUACCAUCAGUACCUCACGCGUGGCAUUCUGCUCUCAAACCCCAUGGCUACCGAACUUCACUAUCAGAGACGUUGUAUCAAUGCCCAGCGAAAAUGUUCCUUUCGAUGAUGCAUGGUAUCAAACCGUCCUACACGCAUGCGCGCUUGAGGAAGAUCUCAAGUUACUCCCUGCAGGCGACCAAACGAAAAUUGGUAGUUCUGGGACAAUACUGAGUGGGGGGCAGAAGGCCCGUGUCGCGUUAGCUAGAGCGAUAUACAGCAGAUGUCGAAUACUCAUACUGGAUGGAGUAGCAAGCGCACUCGACGCCAAAACCAAAUUGGAUAUUGGCCAAAGAUUACUAAGCAAAGAUGGCUUACUGAGGGAACUGGGAGCAACCGUUUUGCUGGCUGGUUCAACUGAAUAUCUUAAUUACGUCGAUCAAGUAUUGAUACUUGGUCAGCGUGGUCUCCGGUUCGAAGGAACGUGUGAUCGCGCCCUAGCUGAGGGUCUCAUAGAAUCAGGGCAAGGGCAGAAACAAGAAAGUCAAGGUGAACGCGAAUCUGAGACCGAGUCAGAUAUUGAAGAGAAAGCGGAAGAGGUCUCUAAGGUCGACGAGCUUAACGAUUUGAAAAGGGCUACCGGUGACCUCACGAUCUAUAGAUAUUACUUCGCCACGAUCGGAAAGUGGAAACUUUUCGCCUUCGUCUUUUUCGUGAUACUGAAUGUGUUCUGUUCCGCAUUUAGCCAAAUCUGGCUUAAGUGGUGGUCUGAUGCUGGAGGUGGCCAGUUAGGUCUAUAUAUCAGCGUAUACUUGGUCCUCGCUAUAUUAUCUUCCAUUGGAAAUGGUGGCUAUGUUUGGGCCAUACUCAUUCUUAUAUCCCCCUCUACUGCGCGAAAGCUACACUACACGCUCUUGAAGACGGUCAUGCGGGCGCCGCAAUCGUUUUUCUCUUCGACAGAUAGCGGUACAAUACUCAAUCGAUUUAGCCAGGAUAUGACCCUUAUCGAAAGUCAACUUGCAAUCGGCAUGCUCAUCACCGUCUCCAACUUUUUCUCCGUUUUAGCCAGUGUAGCUCUCGUUGCCACAGGAUCAUCCUACAUGGGAGCCACCAUUCCUCUUCUCAUCAUCGCGAUCGGGGUUAUCCAACAUUUCUAUCUGCGCACUUCCCGCCAGCUGCGACUUCUCGAUCUCGAGGCUAAGAGUCCAUUGUAUAGCAACUUCCUCGAAACAUUAACAGGGUUAGAGACGAUUCGCGCGUUUGGUUGGGAGAAAACGCAACAGAAGGCCAAUAAUAGACUCCUUGAUCUAUCGCAGAGGCCAUAUUACCUGCUGUACUGUAUCCAACAGUGGCUAACCCUGGUAUUGGAUCUUAUCGUCGCGGCCGAAGCAGUAUUGGUAGUAGGAUUGGCACUAGGAUUGAGGAGUAGCACCAGUCCAGGAUUGCUAGGUGUAUCUAUGAACAAUGUUCUGAGCUUCAAUUCUCAUCUUGCCUCCCUCGUCACAGGUUGGACGCAGCUCGAAACCUCGUUAGGCUCAAUCGCACGCGUCCGAGACUUCGAAAUGCAAAUCUCACCAGAAGGCAAGGAAGGUGAAGAUCAAGUGCCGCCGUCGAACUGGCCUGAAAAAGGUGCGAUCCAUUUCACAAACGUGACAGCGUCUCAUAAUUCCACAUCAACCGCCCUUCGCGAUGUUAGCUUGUCUAUCAAGCCAGGCCAGAAGAUCAGUAUUUGCGGUCGGACCGGCAGUGGAAAAUCAUCUCUAGUUGGCACCCUUCUCCGCUUGCUCGAGAUCGACUCUGGGACAAUUCAAAUCGACGGUCUUGAUGUCUCCACCAUCCCACGCGAAACCAUCCGCGCCCGUCUCGUAACCAUCCCCCAAGACCCGCUCAUCCUCGUCGACACAGUCCGUUUCAACAUAGAUCCUCGAUCCGCACAUGCCGAUAGCGAUAUCAUCAAUGCGCUUGAACGCGUAGGACUAUGGUCACUACUUCAAGCCCGUGGCGGUCUCGACGCCGAGAUCACUGGUUCAUCAUUAUCUAGGGGCCAGCAGCAGCUCUUCGCGCUCGCACGUGCGUUGCUACGGGAAGGGAAGGUGCUUCUGCUUGACGAGCCGACGAGUCAUGUUGACCCAGAAACAGACGCUACGAUUCAAAAGAUUCUUCGGGACGAGUUUGCGGAUUGUACAGUGCUUAUGGUGAGUCAUAGACUUGAUGGUGUUAUGGAGAUGGACGCGGUGGUUGUCAUGGAUGAGGGGAAGGUCGUCGAGAUGGGGAAUCCGGUCGAAUUGGCGAAGACCGAUGGUAGGUUCGCUGCUUUGGUUGCUGCGAAUGAUUUUGGUGGGCGGUAGACUGUGUAGUCGUCAUCUGGAUAGGAAUGUUGGACGUGAUCUAAGUAGGGACUAGGUAGUGUAGUCUCCAAGUAACUGCUUCGAUUGUCCUUAAUAUUCGAUAAAAUUCUUAUGGGCAUUGAAAUAAA